GUUUCUUGCUUUAUCACCACCGCACAUCUUCGUCUUCCUCGAGCUUCUUCUCCACGGCGAAGAGUUAACCCAAAGCUUCUUCUUCUUCUUCUUCUUCUUCCUACAUAGCUCUUGUGUAAUCUCAUGGUCUUACUAUGAAGACUUGUAACUUCAUGUGGCCUUCCACAUCACCCAGAUUCACCAUCACCACACCUUAUCCACACACACACUUACGCCUCCGCCGCACGUAUACAUCACGCGCCGCCCCUUUCUUACAGGUAAAAGCUUUCCAGCGCGGUGACUUCGACCGUUUCGCUGAUGACGUUAAGUCCGGUAAAGCUUGGAGAGACGCGUGGAGAACCGCUAACGAUGGAUUCGAACAAUUUGUUUUUGAGGCUAAGAAAACCGCCGAGAGAAUCGAUCGUCAGUACGCUGUUUCUCGCCGGUUUAGCUCCGCUGCUAGUUCUGCCGGUGACCGUGCUCGUGAGAUUGAUCGUGAAUUUGGGAUUAGUCCUCGUGUUAGGAGUCUCUCUGCCGAUUUUAGUAGAAAUUUCCCUAAGUACAGGAAGCAGUUCAGUGCAUUCUUGAAUACACCCCUUGGUGGAAGUUUUGCUACUAUUUUCUUUCUUUGGUUUGCCCUCUCUGGAUGGCUGUUCCGAGUAAUAAUAAUUGCGACUUGGGUUCUUCCAAUUGCUGGCCCUCUUCUCAUUGGUGCAGUGGCCAACAACUUUGUCAUCAAGGGAGAAUGCCCAGCAUGUAAGAGGCAGUUCAUAGGAUACAAGAGCCAAAUCAUCAGAUGCGAAGGAUGUGGGAACAUAGUGUGGCAGCCACAAGGCGACUUCUUCUCAAAAGAUGGUAACAACAAUAAUAACAGCAAGGGAAACUCUAAAAAGCCACCUAAAUCCCAAAUCAUUGAUGUCGAUUUUGAGGAGAAAUGAUGAUUAUACAGAGACCGAUAAAGAAGCCAAGAAUGAAGCAAAAGGCUCUCUUGUUGCACUAAUGCUCAAAAGAAGAUAAUAAUAUUUGAAUGUAGCUAAACCAUUUGCUGUUUUUUUGUCUGUUUUGAGUUGCAGCUCUCUGUAGAAGGCAUCGUGUUGCUUGUUGUGUGUACAUGAUAAGGUUUCUUUGUAGAUGAACAAAUGUAGUUUUCCACAAGCCGAGAGACUUGAUUGAAAUCCCUAAAAAUUUUACAUCUUAGAUAAAUCAUAUUAUAGAACCAUACUUCUCCAUUAUUUGUAUGUUUACUUUUUCACUUUUAACAUGUUAUAAUAGUUUGAUA